AUGCUGUCCUUCCUCACCAUCAUCGCCGGGCUCGCCGCAUUCGCCCCGCUUGCCCACGCACAAGAUGAUCCCGAAUACACCGUCUGGUCGUCCGUCGUCCUCACCCGCACAGGAGAACGUACACCCGAUAUGAUCACCGACUCGCCGACCGUCUUGACUUCAAUCGGAGCAAAUCAAGCAUAUGCUGCCGGCGAAUUCUUCCGCAAUCGUUAUAUCGAUUCAAAUUCCACCGACAAUAGCACGAAUGGGGUUGGCACUGCUCGAGCGCCGAUACGAGGACUGAAUGCCGAUACAUACGAUUCUCUACAGACUUGGGUCUUGACAAGAGAUCAACAAUACUUGAGUGCGACUGCUCAGGCCUUCCUUCAAGGUUUAUAUCCUCCACGGUCUCCAAGUGCAGAUCCCAACGACAUCACAGCGGACGACACAUAUAUCACCGGCCCUCUCAACGGCUACCAAUACCCCUUCAUCCAAGCCGCGAGCGACCUCGACCCAAACUACAUCUACCUCGACGCAACCCACCAAUGCCCCUCCUUCACCCGCUCCGUCCGCCAACUCCGCUCGAACACCCAAUUCAGCACGACCCAAACCUCCUCCUCAUCCCUCUACACCACCCUCGGCAACGCCUUCUCCUCCGUCCUCGACCUCCAAUACUGGAACUACCGCAACGCCUACGCCCUCUACGAUUACCUCCGCCACCAAAACGCCCACAACAGCACCGCCCGCACCAUCCUCUCCAACCUCCUCACCAACAACUCAUCCACCACCGACCCGCUCUCCACCCUCCGCUCCCUCGCCGACGCCCAACAAUCCGCUCAACUCGCCAAUCUCACAGCUUACAACCCCGCGACCUCCAUCACCGGCUACCGCGCCCAUUCGGGAAGCAUCUCAACCAUAGCGGGCAACUUCCUCGCCUCCUCCAUCCUCACUUCCCUUUCCACCGCCCUCCGCACCUCCACAACCUCGAAUAAACUCACCCUGCUCUUCACCGACUACACACCCUUCACCUCCUUUUUCGCCCUCGCCUCUCUCCCGUCCCAAUCCUCCAAUUUCACCGGCCUGCCCAGUUUCGCCGCAAGCAUGGUCUUCGAAGUCUUCUCAUACCUCAACGCGUCCAACAGCACCAUUCCCCCCAUCGAAGAUCUCCGCGUCCGCUUCCUCUUCCGCAACGGAACGGACGACGGGGAGAGAUUCCUUAGUUACCCACUUUUCGGCCGACCGAAGGCGCAAGCGGAUAUGUCCUGGCCGGACUUCGCCUCUGCGAUGCGCGACAUCGCGAUCGACGACGUGAGUAGCUGGUGCGACAUCUGCGGUGCUACUCGAUACGAUGCGUGGAUUUGUGCGGCGAAUGACUUUGGCGACGGGGGGGAUGGGUAUACUGAGGGGAUGGAGAGACGCGAGCGGGAGGGUCUCAGUCCCGUGGUAUCGGGCAUCAUCGGCGCGAUCGUAGCACUCGCUGUUGCGGGACUAAUUUUCGGGGCUGUAAUGCUCCUCGCCGGGCUACGACUUCAUAGGAGAGACGCCUCCUCCUCCAGCAGCGGCGGUGGACGGAAGAGUUCGCUGGGAGGAUUCAAAGGCGGGCGGAAGAUGGCUAGUGAUCAGGACUUGACGAUUCCGAAGGGUGGGGGAGCGGGGGCGACGGUCGUGGUAGGGGUGGGACAUGAACGGGUGGGGAGUUGGGAGUUGGGAAAGGCGGAUGUGGGGAGGGAGGUUGGGAGUGCGAGGCCGAGUUUGCAGAGUGGGAGGCCGAGUAUGGAGGAGAGAGGGAGGGAUGCGUUUGUGGAUGAUUUGAAGCCUGUGGUGCCGCAUGAGAGGGUGUAG